AUGAGCGCGAACGGUUCAGGCGCAUUUCAGGCGCAUUUCAGGCGCAAAAACCGGGGUAAAUGUUUGACGUGCAAAGAUGGUCGUGAUGGCAAAAAUGGAACACCAGGAUCAAGAGGUGCGGCUGGUGUAAGAGGCAGGCCGGGAAGAAAUGGACAGCUAGGCCCAAGAGGACCCAGAGGUUAUCGUGGACCAGGAGGAGUACAGUACGUACGAUGGGGAAGAACCACGUGUCCUUGGGGUGCCUCUCUUGUCUACAAAGGUCGUAUCGGAGGCGAGCACGAUAGUCAUCCAGGCGGAGGUGCUAAUUACGUGUGUCUCCCUGAGACCCCCAAAUAUGGAAGGUACAAGAAUGGCUACCAGAACACUGCGUUCAUGUAUGGUACAGAAUACGACCUAUACUAUUACAACCCAUUCACAAGAAACCUUCACGAUCAUGACGCUCCAUGUGCUGUGUGUUACGUUACAACACGAAGUGCCAAGAUGAUGAUCCCUGCGACUUACGAGUGUCCCGCGAGAUGGACACGAGAGUACCAUGGAUACCUCAUGAGUGAACAUCAUACCCACCGUCAUUCAACAAACUUCAUUUGUGUUGAUCAAUAUGCACAAGCUGUACCAGGAACCCAUGCUGAUCGAGGUGGUGCUCUACUGUAUCCCGUGGAAGGUGUGUGUGGUUCUCUGCCUUGUCUUCCAUAUGUUGGGGGAAGAGAACUGACAUGUGUAGUAUGCACCAAGUAAUUCUUGGUUUUCACCUACGUCAUCAUGAAUUUCAAAAGCGUAAAUUCGCAUAAUAAUGAAAUAAAAGUUUCAUAAUCUUGUAAAGCGGUCAAAAUUACAUAUUCUGGCCACAUUUCGAGGCUGUAAAGCAUUUCGUUGCAGAACUAGAGGCGAGUAAACAUGACGCAAUUUUUGGUUAAAAUGUAUGGAGCGGCCAUCUUGGUGUUCCAAGUUGGUACACCAUCAUGGCGGACGAAAUUUCAAAGGCUUAAGAUGAUGGAAUUUUUAAUAUUUUUGACUAUAUUUCACUUAAAUAUACCUUAAAUAGAUCUUUAAAACGUGUCUAAGGGMAAAUCUUUUAACUAGAGUAAAUUAUUUUACUAUUUUCAUCGCUAUUUAGGUAGACGUGACGGUAUUGGGUGACACAAACUCAACCUUCAUAACUCGAGAACCAAACAUCGAAAUGACUCAAGACUUUUUCUUGUGACUUAUAACACUGAUUUCUAAAAAAUACUUGAGACAUGUCUUUAUACGAUCUAUAGUUUAGAUUUUGAUGUUUUGAUGACGUCAUGUGAAAACCGGCAAUAGAAGUUACUUCAAGCUCAGUGUUCUUACCAGGCCGCGCCAUUGCGGGAAUCGCGCAUAAAAAACAGUAAUGGCGCACAAAUUUCAACUCUAUGCGCCCCCAAAGGCGCAUGAAUUAUCCAAAGAAUACUUUUGAAAUAACAGAAGUCGCAUUAUAUUGUCAAUAAACAAGGGGAAAGUCCACAUGAAACAACACGAAUCGAACAUAGCCACCAUCUUUUUUCACUCGCCAAGAGGUCUGGGACUUGUUUACUGACCUUGUUUUUUGGAGGCUCAAGUAUGGCUGCCCAGUGCAAGUUUAUUGUAUUAUCAUUACUAAUAAAAAACUGUCUUACAUUGUUGUAGAUUUGCAACAGAGUUACUGACUAAAAACAUCAUUAUUCUUUGUUUAAAAUUUUGAAAAUGGCCCAUCCAGUUUUCUAAAUGGCCCCUAUAACCCCCUGAAAGAAAUUUCUGGUCAGAACACUGCAAGCUCAUCACGAAAAGAGAGCUUGAAAGAAAGACUAUAAGGGAUAUGAAUUAAGCGUUUUGAUUACUUAAUGAUAAGUAGGACCUCUUCUAAAGAAACAUUACAUCAUAAAAAAGUAUAAUUAGAAAUAGAAAUUGUAAAUUGUAA